AUGAUGCAGAGGAUGGCUCCAUCGUCACAAUCACAACCACAUGAUGCAAUUAUGGAUAAAAAUUAUGAAAUAGUGAGGAGACAGGGGGCGAAGGUAUUUGCUGGUACAACUGAUCUUGCUGAAGCAGAGGAAUGGUUGAGAAAUACAGAAAGGGUGUUGGACGGAAUUGAGUGUACUUCUGAGCAAAAGUUGAGGUACGCAGUGUCCUUACUGGAGAAAGAUACCUUAGACUGGUGGGAAACAGUUCCGGGGAGCAAGAAUCGACCUUUUACUCUAACGUGGAAUGACUUUUUGAAAGAAUUUGCUGGCAAAUAUACUCCACCGGUCUACAAAAAUCGUAAGAAAGUUGAAUUCCUUAAAUUUAAGCAGAAUGAUUUAUCUGUUGCUGAGUAUGAGUUGCAAUUUUUUAGAUUGUCAAAAUAUGCUCUAGAAGAGGUGAGUACCGAGGAAUUGAGGAGAGACAGAUUUGAAAGAGGGUUGAGACUCGAGAUUCGGGAGACAAUAACAAUUAAACCUCCGAGUUAUGGUGCUCUGCUGAAGCAACAUUCAGGGCAGAAGAGACAUCCAUUGAAAGGAGUUCUAAGGAAGCUAAUCGAAAGAAAUUGA